UUGAUUUUUUUUUGGUUGUUCUAUUUUCGUUGUUGUUUUAGGGUAUGCUUCUUAAGUCUGAAUCGCGUCGUUCUGCAUUCUUUGCCAACGCAGACUCAAUCCAUCGUCAUUACAGCCAAGCUCGAGGGCAAUAAAAGAAGUUUACGAAGCAACGACAUAGGAGUAAUUCCACAACAUGGGCGAAUUGAUCUCGAUCUCGAUAUUUCUUUUACAAUUCAGUAUCCUCACUUCGUUAAGCGAAAAGGAAAUACCCUGCAGGUUCUUAUCCAAAGAAGGCGGAGAUUCAAGAACAGGCCAUUUCCGUCAUCGUUUAAGGUUAGAGUUUAUUAUUAUAUUUGA